AUGGAACGAGCAUGUUCCGCAUACAAGACUGUUCUCAGUGAGGGUGGUGGCAAAAUGUCGGGAGGACAGAAGCAGCGAGUAGCAAUUGCAAGAGCCCUGAUUCGAAAUCCGCGAAUUCUCCUGCUUGAUGAAGCCACUUCGGCUCUGGAUAACAAAUCGGAACGUGCCAUUCAGGCCGCCAUCGAGCGCGCCGCACAGGGUCGCACGGUCCUAAUGAUCGCUCAUCGACUCUCCACUGUUAGGAGCGCCGACCAGAUUGUUGUAGUGGACAAGGGUGAGGUGAGGGAAAUGGGCACCCAUGAGGAGUUGCUGGCCAGGGGUGGUGUCUACGCCACCAUGCUUUCUAAGCAGGUGAGUUUCAUCACUUUGAGAAGAUUAAAUGACAGUCUGCCAGUGUUUUGUAGACGGCGUCACCUCAGGUUGGGUUUACACAUAUUCGCUCUAGCCCUCAGCAAAACUUUUCUUUUUGCAUUAGAGGUCAAGUUUUCGACUGGGGUAUCAGGCAAAAGUAGUUUAGAUAGUCCCACUCAUAUCCCUAGUCCAAGCAUUUUUUUCUACGAAAACGGUGGUUAUAGGGUUUCGGGGGUGGUGAAAUAG